GGGUAUAAAAGGGGAGCAGGGGCAGGGAGACACCCACACCUCACAAACCCACCGUCUGUAAACCCACAGCAACCUCCACCCUCUGACACCAUGGUCAACUCCUGUUGUGGCUCCGUCUGCUCUGAGCAGGGCUGUGGCCAAGACUUCUGCCAGGAGGAGUCCUGCUGCCGCCCCAGCUGCUGCCAGCCCACCUGCUGCCGCCCCACUUGUUGCAUCUCCAGCUGCUGCAGACCCUCCUGCUGCAUCUCCAGCUGCUGCAGGCCCACCUGUUGCCAGACCACCUGCUGCAGAACCACCUGUUGUCGCCCCAGCUGUUGCAUCUCCAGCUGCUGCAGGCCCCAGUGCUGCCAGUCUGUGUGCUGCCAGCCCUCCUGCUGCAGACCCACCUGCUGCAUCUCCAGCUGCUGCCGCCCCUCCUGCUGCCGCCCCACCUGCUGCCGCCCCACCUGCUGCAUCUCCAGCUGCUGCAGGCCCAUCUGCUGCCAGACCACCUGCUGUAGAACUCAGUGCUGCCGCCCCAGCUGCUGUGUGUCCACCUGCUGCCGCCCCUGCUGCUCUAGUGGUUCUUGCUGCUGAGCCUUUCACCUCCACUCACCUGUUCUUCAUGAACUAAUACUCUUGAUGGAGUUAGUAUAUGCACUGUAUUGUGAGGGCCCAAGUGUGAACCCUCAUUUCUAAUGAAAUUUUAUCAGGGAAUUUUGUUCUCCAAAUAUGUCACUCCCUAACCCCACCAUGUACUUUCUCUCUCCUAAAGAAAACUCCUCUGAAAUCUGGCCACUAUCAUGUCUCUGCAAUGGAAAAUUUUGAUAUUUUACUCUAAGCCAUGUUUUCUCUUAUGAAGAUAUUCUCACAUCUUGAAUAAAUCUGAAUUUUCCCGAGCAUACAAA